UGUCUAGACUGGCACAUGAUGGGAAUCAACCAAUGGCUCCAGAGCUUUCCUUGGGGCCCCGUGUGUGCACGAGCGAGUGUGUAUCCGAAAAAGAAUAGCAUCGAAACAGAGUGAAGAAAUUCGAGUUUACUUUAAAGCAACUUCUCAUAACGGAAUAUGAGCUGUGCCUCUGCCCUUACGUCGCGAUCAGAGCUCAGACAAUAAUUUUGACUGAGGCUUUUAUUGUGGGAUUGGUAAAGAAUUAUAUUCACACAGUGGAAUCAAACAUUGAAAUUUGAUUGUGGCCAGGAUUAGCCUAUAUGGAUUACUCCGGUUGAAGCAACUCAUAGGCUAUUACGUGCUGUGGAUUUUAAGUCAAAUUGUCUAAAGUGUUCAAAGGUCCAUUAAAAGAAGGAAAACGGCUGUGCGUUUGUUCUAGUCUACGCCGUUUAUUAGGGGGUUAUGUAGGCUGCUUCACAAGAACGGAUCAACGUUUUAGCCUAAUUGACUUGAACAUGAUCAGACUACAGCCGGUAAUUCGUUUUUGAUUAUAUCCCACUUUGAUCUUGUCAGUGUACUCGUUUGGCCUUUUUUAAAUGCAACGUUUACGUUUUAAUGUUGCAGUUUGGUCAUAAAUGUAUUGCCCCCUCGCUGCGCAUGCCGUGCGCGCAGUUUACAAAACCUUGAUGUUGUACGAGGAGCAUAAAUCGAUGUGGAAUUUCCGCAAGCCAGCGCAGGAACAAUACGACACAUCCAAAACUGUCUAAGUUGUCGUAUGUUCAGGUCUAAACGCUCAGGUCUUAUACGGCGACUCUGGAGAAGCCGUUUGAUCACUGAUAGAGACGGGGAAGAUGGAAGCAAACGAAGCAAGGGGAGUCGGGACUGUUCGUGCGGCAGUAACCCUGAAAAGAUUCCGAAAACGGGGCUCUGGUCGAUAACCAGAUCAGAUCUGUCUCAAGGAACUUUAGGCGAAGCGUGCAGCGGAAACCUCGCGGUGGGCAAUUCAGACAAUGGUCGGAGUGUCAUGUGUGUGCCCGAGCAUCGCGGAGCUCAGGAACACGAGAAUGACAGCAAAACGAUGUCUUGCUGUUUGUUUCGAGAAAGAGACCCGAGACCGAGGAGCCGGAUCCAAGACCAAGUAGAAACUAACUCAUGCCCGGUGAGCGAACAAGAAGUCAAGAACGUUACUUAUGCGUUUUUGAAAAGACUAAGGGAAAAACUGCUGGAUGUGUUAUUGGAGGCUGUUGAGUCCAAAGGUGGGAUGCCCAGUGAAUGUGUCUUGGUGCCGCAGAUGGAGCUGCGAUUAAGUGGUCAUCCUAUAUCCCCUCAGUUCCUCCUUUGUAAACUGUAUCGAUGGACCGAUUUACCUCGCACGGCCCGACUAAAAGCGUUAUUUUACUGUCAAAGCUUUGGAAUGUCAGAAAGCGCAACGGUUUGCUGCAAUCCUUAUCACUACAGUCGCUUGUGUGGGCCAGACUCCCCUCCACCUCCAUACUCCCAGCUAUCUUACUCAAAUGAGCACAGGCCACUUGAUUCAACACUGUUUUACACUGAAGCUGUGGCCCCCAGUCACCCCCCCCCAGUCACACCAAGAGACUUCACAAACACCGGUACCUCCCUUGACUCUUCGACCUCUGACAGCCAGCGCUUCCACUGGUGCAGCGUGGCCUACUGGGAGCAACGGACCCGUGUGGGCCGUCUGUACCCUGCCCAUGACUCCUCCCUCAGCAUCUUCUAUGACCUACCUCAAGGCACGGGCCUCUGCCUGGGCCAGCUCAAUGGCAAUUCUUACCAUGACAACAAUCACCGAAGCCGUAGUCACGGCAGCAGUGGCGACAGCAGCAGGGGCAGUUGUGUCCAGCGGACACGCAGCAAGAUCGGCUAUGGCAUCGUCCUGAGCCAGGAGCCGGAUGGCGUGUGGGUGUACAACCGCAGCCAGCACCCUGUGUUUGCUCACUCACCCACACUGGACCUACCUAGCUCCAGAGGUCUUAUGGUGAAGAGGGUGAUGCCAGGCUUCUCCCUCAAAGUAUUUGAUUAUGAGAGGUCCAGCUGGAUCCUGAAGCACGGCAUAGAACCGGAGCUCCAGGAAGGGCCCUACGACCCGCUCAGUGUCCGAAUUAGCUUUGCAAAGGGCUGGGGCCCCUGCUAUUCCAGACAGUUUAUCACCUCCUGCCCCUGCUGGCUGGAGGUGUUACUCAGCAAACAUAGAUAGCGCACAAUCAUAUGGACAUUGACACAGGCACACACUUAUACACCCACAUGCACAGCCAAACCGUACAUACACCCAUACACUUACUCAUACAGGCUCUCACACACAGUAAAUACACACUUAUGAAAGAACACAUGUACACACAUAUAUAUAGAUACACAGACAACUGUGCUCUUGUGCACACCAGCUCAAUCAGAUCUGACUCCCAGACAGCUAUCUCAACCACUAUCCCAAAUAUAAUCUACCUAGAUUUAAUAUAAAGUUUUAUAUAUUAUAUGAAAUAUAUUAUGCUUGUAAAUACUGAGUAAUUUUUUCAAUGUAAUUAUUUAUGUAUUAAUGUGUAUAUAGACUAAAUAAAAAGGAUUAUGCA